UCAAUCCUUUUCUCUUUCAGCGGGCACUGAUGGGGCGUCCCCAUGCAAUGACACACGCUGGAUGCAGAAGUGGCAGUCAUGGCAGUCAUCAAGGCCGCUCAGGAGGACAAGUCUUUCUCUGAGCUCUGGAUUCUGGCAUGCUACAGGAAGACACUCCAGUCGCCGUCUCCUACGGGCCAUCCCCAGACAUGUCGCCCAGAUACUGCAAGCAGAUGUGCUCUGGCAGAUGGGACACACUGGCUCUGGGGUGAAGGUUGCAGUAUUUGACACUGGGCUGAGUGAGAAGCACCCUCACUUUAAGAAUGUCAAAGAAAGAACCAACUGGACCAAUGAGAAAACACUGGAUGAUGGGUUGGGUCAUGGUACCUUUGUUGCUGGGGUUAUUGCCAGCAUGAGAGAGUGCCAGGGAUUCGCUCCUGAUUCUGAGCUUCAUAUCUUCAGGGUUUUUACCAAUAACCAGGUAUCCUACACCUCCUGGUUCUUAGAUGCCUUUAACUAUGCCAUCCUGAAGAAGAUAGAUGUAUUAAAUCUCAGUAUAGGGGGACCAGACUUUAUGGACCAUCCUUUUGUUGAUAAGGUUUGGGAGCUCACAGCCAACAAGGUGAUUAUGGUAUCUGCUAUUGGCAAUGACGGCCCACUCUAUGGAACUCUGAACAAUCCAGCAGAUCAGAUGGAUGUAAUUGGUGUUGGAGGGAUUGAUUUUGAAGACAACAUUGCCAGGUUCUCAUCCCGGGGCAUGACAACAUGGGAGCUGCCAGGUGGCUAUGGCAGGGUGAAGCCUGACAUUGUGACGUACGGCUCUGGUGUGCGUGGCUCAGGAUUGAAGGAGGGCUGUCGUUCUCUCUCUGGCACCAGUGUUGCAUCACCUGUAGUGGCCGGAGCUGUCACACUACUGGCCAGCACUGUUUUGAACAGAGAGUUGGUGAACCCGGCCAGUAUGAAGCAGGCCCUGAUCGCCUCAGCACGCAGGCUGCCGGGCGUCAACAUGUUUGAGCAGGGCCAUGGCAAACUCGAUUUACUCAGAGCCUACCAGAUCCUUAACAGCUACAAACCUCAAGCCAGCCUGAGUCCGAGCUAUGUAGAUCUGACAGAGUGCCCAUACAUGUGGCCCUACUGCUCGCAGCCUAUUUACUACGGUGGCAUGCCGACAAUUGUCAACGUGACCAUUCUUAAUGGUAUGGGUGUGACUGGAAGGAUUGUGGACAAGCCCAUCUGGCAGCCCUACCUUCCUCAGAAUGGGGAUUAUGUGGACGUGGCGGUGUCUUACUCGCCUGUACUCUGGCCCUGGGCUGGAUACCUGGCUGUUUCCAUAUCUGUGGCCAAGAAAGCUGCAUCGUGGGAAGGCAUCGCUCAGGGCCAUGUCAUGGUUACAGUAGCCUCACCAGCAGAGAAUGAUUCAGCAAUAGGUGGCGAGAUGACCUCUACUGUUAAAUUACCAGUGAAGGUCAAGAUUGUCCCUACUCCACCACGUAGUAAGAGGAUUCUGUGGGAUCAGUACCACAACCUACGCUAUCCUCCUGGCUACUUCCCCCGAGACAACCUGCGUAUGAAGAACGAUCCACUUGACUGGAAUGGUGAUCAUAUUCACACUAACUUUAGAGACAUGUAUCAGCACCUUCGCAGCAUGGGCUACUUUGUCGAGGUCUUGGGUGCACCAAUCACAUGCUUUGAUGCCAGUCAGUAUGGGACCUUACUGAUGGUAGACAGUGAGGAAGAGUAUUUUCCAGAGGAAAUCACCAAGUUGAGGAGAGACAUCGAUAACGGCCUGUCUCUCAUCAUCUUCAGCGACUGGUACAACACAUCAGUCAUGAGAAAAGUCAAGUUCUAUGAUGAGAACACCAGACAAUGGUGGAUGCCGGACACAGGGGGCGCUAACGUGCCAGCCUUGAAUGACCUGAUCUCAGUCUGGGGUAUGGCCUUCAGUGAUGGUCUGUAUGAAGGUGACUUCACAAUGGCAGAUCAUGACAUGUAUUAUGCCUCGGGGUGCAGCAUUGCUCGUUUUCCUGAGGAUGGGAUUGUCAUUGCUCAGACCUUAAAGGAUCAAGGUCUGGAGGUCUUGAAACAAGAGACAGCAGUGGUGGAAAAUGUGCCUGUGCUUGGACUGUACCAAACACCCUCUGAGGGGGGAGGCCGCAUCGCACUCUACGGAGACUCCAACUGUAUUGAUGACAGUCAUAGACAGAAAGAUUGUUUUUGGCUUCUGGAUGCUCUGCUGCAGUACACUUCCUAUAGCAUGACACCGCCCAGUCUCACACACUCUAAAAACAGAGUGGCGUCCCCUAUAGGCACAGACAGGCCAUUACCACAGAGAUUGGAAGGUAAUCACCUCUACCGUUACUCCAAAGUGCUGGAGGCUCAUCUGGGUGACCCUAAGCCUCGUCCUCUACCUGCAUGUCCUCAUCUGUCUUGGGCUAAACCCCAGCCGCUUAAUGAGACUGCUCCCAGCAAUCUGUGGAAGCACCAGAAGCUACUGUCAGUGGACAUGGACAAGGUUGUUUUGCCUAAUGUGAGGCCAUAUCGGCCUCAGGUUCGACCUCUGUCUCCUGGAGAAAGUGGAGCCUGGGACAUCCCUGGAGGGAUAAUGCCCGGCCGCUAUAAUCAAGAGGUGGGCCAGACCAUCCCAAUGUUUGCUUUUCUCGGCGCCAUGGUUGUUCUUUCCUUCUUUGUGGUGCAACUGACCAAGUCCAAGAGCAAGCCGAAGCGCAGGAAACCUAGAGUGAAACGGCCGCUUUACCUUCAGCAACAGCAACAACAAACCCCUCACUCAGGCAAAACCCCCACCGUAUGAUCCGCAACCAACCACAUCUGGACAAACUAACGGGGAACAGUUUUCCCUGCGGUGUGUGUGAUGCCAUAACCCCAUAAUAAUAAUGAGAUCUGAAGGCUGUGUCUGUACAUUUCUGGAGAUGAACCAGCCACCUGUGCCCAGAUGAAGGCCUUGUUUGGACAUCAGUGUUCCCUCUCUUGUCUUUAUUCAACACUUGCCUUUCAGUUUAGUGACCAAAUGGAGGAAUGUUUCCUUUUUUUAAUUUAUUGAUGAAUAAUUGACUAUUGACCCUUGCUUUCUAUGUCAAAUUGGACAACCGAAACCAGCCAUUCAGUUUUCUUUGAUCAAAAUAUUGGACUUGUUUCCACACAUUCUCAUUUUUGUAUUCAGUCAGACUGUGUUUUUAUAAAACGGUUGUGUGCUUAAGUCUUUUGUAAAUAGCAUCAUGAUUUCACUGUGGAAUUAUCAAUGUUUUAAAUAUAUCUUAUCCGAUAUGAAGCAA